GGGGUGGAGUGGCCGAGGAGAGGCUGUCUGCGUUCAGAUGGAGGAUUAAGCUGGUCCCUGUCCUGACAGCAUCCACCACCGACACGCAGCCCAAACAUCACCCCGCACCCGUCUGUAUCAGCCGGAUCCCGCUCCCUUCAUCCCGUGCUGGCUCUCCAUCGCCGGACCGCACCGGUCCACACCCCCGGACCGGACCGGUGUCUUUUCAAACCACGAGAUCAGUUCUUAUUGGUCCUGAUGGUUGUGAGGGCCCGUCUCCGCCACCUCUCAACCAGUCCGCACAAGAGAGAUGUGACAUCCAAUCACACGCUGAGGUUUCUGCAUUCUGGAGCUGUUAGGACCCAAGCCACACCCAGUUAGAUGGAGGAGCGAGAGAGAAGCAGAAGUCGAUCUCCACGCAGGGUCGGUCGGGUGGAGCAGGUGGUGGGGAAAUGGCUGCGUCGCUCUCGAGACUCUCUCAGCAGGGAGCGUAUUUUAGGAGGCAGGAGGUCGCGCUCUGGGGAUUCGGGCCAGCAGAACUUCCCUGUGAAGGUGAUGGUGGAAGUGAUCAGAGAUGCUGUCCUGGACUCCCAUGGAUUCACUCUCUCAUCACAGCACCCCCUGCUGGUCAGGGACAUCACUCCAGGAGGCCCAGCAGACGGUAAGCUUUUUCCUGGAGAUCAGAUCCUAAAACUGAACAAUAAAGCCAUAGAAGAUCUUUUGCCUGAAAACGUGGAUCAGAUGAUAAGGGAUUGCCAGGACUCUGUAACCAUGACGAUCCUCAGAAAUAUGGCGAAUCCCAAGUCUUCAUUCAUAACAGCAGAGAAGAGAGCUCGUCUGAGAAGAAACCCCGUUAAAGUGCGCUUUGCAGAAGAGGUGGUCGUCAACGGACACACUCAGGGAAACUCUCUUCUCUUCCUGCCCAACGUUUUGAAGGUGUAUCUGGAGAACGGCCAGACCAAAGCCUUCAAAUUUCACAAGACCACCACUGUCAAGGAUAUCGUGUUGACUCUGAAAGAGAAGCUGUCCAUUCGAUGUAUUGAGCAUUUCGCACUGGUGCUGGAACAGCAAUAUAACAUCACCAAACUACUGCUGCUGCACGAGGAGGAGCUCAUACAAAAGGUGGUACAGAAGAAGGAUUCCCAUGAUUACAGGUGUCUGUUCAGAGUCUGCUUCGUUCCCAGAGACCCAGUGGACCUCCUGCAGGAUGAUCCCGUGGCCUUUGAGUACCUCUUUCAGCAGAGUGUGGGAGAUGUGUUACAGGAGCGCUAUGCUGUAGAGAUGAAAUGUAACACAGCGCUGAGACUAGCCGCUUUGCACAUGCACGAGAAACUGGCAAGCUGUGGACAGACAAUGAGAGCAUCUGUUAAGAGCGUUGUCAAGGAGUUUGGUUUGGAGAGCUUCAUCUCUCCCACUCUGCUGAGGAACAUGAGAGAGAAAGACCUACGGAAAGCUCUCAACCACCACAUGAAGAAGAUCCAGUCGCUACUAGAACCACGUCAGAAGGUGAUUUCGGUGUCUCAGGCCCGGUUGGCUUAUCUGACCCAGAUGGCAGAGCUGAUUUCAUACAGCGGGAGAAGCUACAACGCCACCAUGCUGUUGCAGGACAGGGAGUCAUUGGUGAGUUUGCUGGUGGGAGCGAGAUACGGGAUCAGCCAAAUACUAAACCACCAGCUCAACAUGAUUUCCACCAUCAUAGACUUCCACUACAUCACCAGAAUAGAGGUGCUGUCAGAGUCCGACAGAGUCAGCAUGCUCAAGAUUUACCUGCAGGACAUCCAGCCAAUAGCCCUGUUAAUGGAAUCGGUAGCAGCUAAAGAUCUGGCCUGCCUCCUGGCUGGAUACUGCAAACUCCUGGUUGACCCUAAUAUCAAUGUGUUUCGAUGGGGACCCAGACCUAAAAUGCGACGCAUUCCGGCAGAAGAAGGGUAUGUUUCUCGGUGUGGGAGCGAUUCAGAAGACAGUUCGGAGGAUGACUAUGCUAUGGAGGGACUGCUGGACACUCAGCUAUCAGAGGACACUAUGUCUACUCAUACAAAUGAUGGCACGGAGGAAGGAGAGGAAGCCGAGGGUAAAAGUGAAGCAGAGGCAGAAAAGGUCAGAGUGAUUGUAACGCAUACCUUUUUAGAAGAUGAAGGAGAUGAGGCGAGCAAGAGAGAGUCUGUUGGAGAUGAGGAUUACGCCAUUACAAUGGAUUCCCUUUUGGAGACAGGUUGGUACACGGACCCUCGAGUCAACAGCAGCUUCUCUAGUUUAUCCAGUAACUCGCUAAAUGCACUGGAGGAGAGUAUUAAGGCAGCCAUUGGUGGGCUUGGCCAUAUGGAUAUGUCUCUGGAAGAGAAACCCAGUUCUGGUGCCUCGAGUCUGGAUGUCCACCACCCUUACCUCCUGGAGGUGCCAGAGUGUUUGGAUGAGAGGGGCAGUUUAAACAAACUCAGACGACAUUCAGACCUGACCUACGAUAAUCACUCAGGUCUGUGCUUUUCUGAGCUCUCCCAAAUGUCUGACAGCUUGCCAAGCCCACCUGCAGCCAGCGACGAUGCUUUGAGUGAGGAUGACGAGGAUGACGAAGGAGGAGACAGUGAAAAAGAUGGUCGCAUUUCCGCCAUGUCGGCAGAAUUUGAGGCUGUGUUAGCCUCUUGUACCCCUAACAGCAUAAAUGCUAAAUUAGCAGGGGUAAACUUUCAGGAACUCUUCACCAGGAUUCACAACCAUCCAGCACGUAGACAAGAGGGAAAAAGUUUCCCGCAGAAAAAGAUAAAUGAAGCUAAACAACAAGGACCAUCCUCAAAAUUAAUAGCACAAUCUGUGCUGAAGAGAGCUGUGCCCUCAAAUGUCACUGACAAAUCAAAGGACUCCAGAGACAGUUGUUCAGAAUCUGAGGAUGAAUUUUUUGAUGCCCAAGAUCGAUUGACCCCUCCCAUCACAGAGCAAGCCAUCACAGAGAAAAGCUCAGAUUCUGAAAACAAACAUCCUUCUUCUAGUGACAUUAAGGUUAGUGUGGACAAGAAAAAAACUCCAGAAUCCAGAGACAGCAAAGCAAAAGACAGCUCCACAUCAGAGACCUUUAAAGAAAAACCUUCUCUUGUCAACCAUUUCCCUGAACUGGAAGUCCAUCAACCCUCACUGAUUUUUCUCCCUAAACCUUCACCUGUGGAACCUAAAACAUUCUCUGCUAACCACUCCACAGGGCAGAAAACCCAGCACUGCAAUGGAGACAUCCCAGGUCGAAAUCCACACUUAUCAUCACAGCUUCUAGAGAUGGAGCCAGAUACCAUGGAGUUUAAACCAGUCACAGGGCCUGGACCACCAUUGUCUUCCUCGUUAAUUACAGCAGUACGCCAAGCUAUCUAUCCCCAACAGACCUUAGUGGACCCAGAGACUGUUCAAAAUGGACUGAGACCACAAAAUGGAAUAACUGACCAGGACCCAGACGGUCUAGAUAAAGAGACUACUCCAAAUCAUGUGAAAAAUCUUGAAAAACUUGAUAGUCAAGAUAAUAAGCCAAACCCGAAAGAGCCAACAAAUGCCAAAGGAACAACCGAAUUUGGGAAAAUAACAGCAGACAGCAAAGGUCCUCUACAACAAGAAUCAUCAAACUCUCUUGAAUACAGAAAAUCAGAAAAUAAAAUGCCCCAUAUGAACACAAAGCCCCCAAUACCUCCCAAGCCAUCAUUUAUUGGUUUACAGCCAUCCUCAAAUGUUAAUACCCAGUCACAAAAGACUGGGGAAAAGACAAAAGUUCCCCCCAAUGGUCUUUCUCUACACCCCUGGUCUCAGAGAAAUGGUACCUCCCCACCCUCUACACUGAGUAAGGGAGUUUCUCUAAGUCAUGAGAAUCUAAGAACUGAACUGAAGGCCGAAAGCUCUACAGUCAAACGUACAAGUGCUUCAACCACUCCUACCCCAUCUCCAUCUCCCUUACCGUCUCCUUCAGUUCAGUCUGUAAAUAUUGUUCCUGAAGAUCCAGCUCAAAGUGGGACCAGCUUCCCUAGCAGAACAGGCUCGUCUGGACGUCUAUCUGCCACAGCCUUGCGGGGGAAAAUUCAGGAUAUGCCCUGGUACCUCACCCGUUCCCAAGAGAUCUUGGGGACAGUAGCACUCAGCAACACUAUUUCAUCGACAGGCAAUAUAGCUACCAUUGCAACAGAUGUGAAUCAUGAUUCCAAGAAGGUAUCUCCCAAGGCCACUUCAGUGCCAUCUUUGAUAGACUGGAAAGAGAAAGAUGCUGAAGUAGUCAUUGUGAAGCUCAAAGAUGGACCUGAGGAAGUGACCCCAACUCCUGUGAAAGACACUAACGGGAAACCUCCAACAUCGUCAAGCCAUCCUGACCUGAGGCAGAAAUUGUCCACAGAAGCUACCGAGUUGCACAGGCAUUUUGGGACCUGCAAGUCUGAACAACCUCAGUCACACAAAGAUAACCCUUCAGACGUUCAACUUGACAAUGUGUCUUUAUCCUCGACAAGUCCUUCUCAUCGUGAUGCAUGUGGCUGCCAUACAGUCUAUGCCAACUGUUUCAGCGGAGAUACAGAUGACAACUGCAGCUUUGAUGAAGAUCUGACUGUUUACGAGUUCUCCCGUCGAAACCGAAUCAGUAAACCACCACAACCCAUGCCGGUUCCCUCCCCUGCAACCCUUUCUGGUCCGUCACCAAAUGUUCUCUCCCUACUCAGAGAUUCCCCUCGUCCCCUAUCUUCAUCCUCAGAACUCAGUCCACUCCUGGUUCCUCCCAGAUUUCUGGAAUCUCUGCCUUUAGACUGUGGACCAAUGAGUAAUCCUCUCAGAUUUUUGCAAGGUCACCGUUAUGCUGCCGGUCAGAAAGGUACAGGGCUUAAAGAUGGCUAUGCCUGUUUGCAGCGGGAUAUUGAUGAACUUCUUAUGGUUUUGAAGAAAGGACCUUCUGCAGUAUACCCUCCAACCCGCAAGGGGGAAUGCGAAAAUGGAAAUGUGAAUGGGAAUUCGCUUUCAGAGACAGAGAGGUGCCUGGUUCAGGCGGAGGCACGGAGAUUGGCAUCAGGAUGCCAAAGAGCCACACGGGUAGGAUGGGCACCUGACGAUGCUCUUCUGUCACUCGGAAACAGCUUUGGAGCUCUAGUGCAACUUACCUCAACCUGCAUGCGAGUUCCUUGUUCGGACUGUGGAGGCUGUCAUGGGGACAUUGAUGCAGAUGAGGCUCUGAGGAAGCUUGAAGAGAUCGUGGACCUAUAUAAGGAGUUUGUAGGUGCUGUAGAGACAGCAAGAGAGGGCGAAGGUGUCAGGCUCUUAGCCAAGCAGUGUACUGUUCUCAUUUCAACCGUCUUCUCACUAACACAGCUAUUUCGGACACGGACACCAGACAUAGACAAUGGAAAUGUACCUCUGAACUUUUAAAUUUCACCUUCUGGCACCCUCUUAAGAGACUGUAGAGUGUGAGCAUAGAAUUGUACUUAAAGUAGCAAUGCCUUUCUGGCAUCUAAAAACUGAUUGUGUGCUGGCACACAAGAAUAAUAGUAAGUGCCGCGAACGUACACACAGUUAGCAAACUAACAUGUCAGAACUGUUAUGUGUUAACCUGUUUGUCUUGCCAAGUCUCCCUAUAAACAUACUGGAAUUAUGCAUUCAGACAUAGCUAUUUUCUAACAGUUCUUUAAUUCCUGAUGUAUGUACAGUCUGUAGUAUGUAUUUAUUUUUUACAUACAGUAUAAGCGCACCGUGGUUUCUAACCUACUAUACUUGCAUUUUGUUUGUUUGUUUUUUUGGGUAUAUGUGAAUCCCUACCUCUUGCUCUAAUAACUGAGAUAAACAGUGUUAUGAAACUUCACUUGUUUUCAUGAUUAGUUUAGUCAUGCUGCUCUAACAGAUUGAAGGAACAAAGUGAAUCAAGAAUCCACCAACCCCUAACAACAGAUGCUGGGACAAACACUAAGAAGCCCAAAUACUUAUGCAGUAAUGUUUCACCGGACUAUCCAAAGGACUUUGAUUUCAUUUUGUCUAUGAUACCUUUCAGGCUGUAGAAUGAGAGUUGAUGGCAAUAGAAGUGCGGCGGUUUGGCAUUUUUGUAUCUGUAUAUUGCCGUGUCAUGUUUGGCUUUUGAUGUUAGUUUUUAUAUUGGCCUAUCAGUUGACUGUUAACCACAGAGAUCGGUGUGGUCCAAAGACAUAAUAGCACAAUUGGGGCGUGUUUACUAAACAACGAUGUCACCACGUUACUGUAGCACCCUGUAAAACCGAUCCCAAUGAUAGCCAAACCACACAAUUUCUCACUCGUCUGUCAUUUUUGACUAUGCAAGCAUCACGAUUUAUACCCCAAUUUUUCCACAUAUUAUACUUUCUUACAUUUUAUACAUAUUAAUACAUACAUAAUUUUCAAUUUGUUAUCAAUCAUUAAUAUUUCACUUUAGAGGACAUCCCUGACAAGCCUAGGCCUUAUAUUUUUUCUUGGAAGAUUGUUGUGAAGUUUGUUGGAUUGCAUUAUUUUGCGAAUGCAGCGUAUAUUUAUUUUGCCUUCUGUUUAUUCAGACAAAAGGUUCAGUUGGAAAUAUGUUUUUCUUCCACCUUUGUAAAUGGUGAAAUGCACUGUAUUUAGUAUAUAUUAAAUGCUCAGUGUAAGUCAUCUUUGAGUAAGGCCAGAAACAUACCCCAUGCAAGUAUAUGAACUUAAAUGCUUCUAGCGAAACCAGCUCAAUUUUAUUGCAUAGUACAUAAAGCCUGUUGCCUCCAUGAGUUUUUUUUGGAUCUGCACAAUGCAUUGUUAAAGCCUUCAAAUCUGCUUUUCUGUACUUGCAUAGAGUGUUUCUAAUUUGAGAAGGCCAAUUUUGGUAUAUGAAUAUAUGAAUGAGGAGAUUAUCAAAGAUUACACUUGGAGUUUCGAAUAAUUGAGUCCUGGUGAUUCAUUUUCCCUUUGUUGCUGAUCUCAGACCAAUAUUGUGCGGUAUUACAGCCGAGCAUGAACAUUCUCACUGGCUGUUUCUAGAUCAGCUUUCUAAAGUCAACUUGCACCCAAAAUGCAUAAUUAAAUCGCCCAGAUCACCUGACUAAUUUGAAGUCAAUGGAUGGAUUUUGACAUCAGCCUUGUUCAGUUCUAAGUUACUUGACUUUAGAGAAGUGCUUCCAGACGGCAAGAAUAUCACCCAUAUUAGACACAUCCCUCUCAAUAAACACACUGCCAGAUUGUGGUUAUCAAGUCAGAAAGCUAGUUUGCAUCAAGAGAAAAGUAAUGGAAAGGAAAGAGACAAAUAUCUGUUACUAUUCAGUCUUUUCAUAGGAGCAAUUUUCAUAUCGGACUAUCAGAGAGCAAACAUAUUUCUGUAUUAAAAUCUUACUGUCAAACGAAGGCUCUAAGAAUGAUGAAGACUUAAAGGAACUGCCAAUGCAUUUGUAGCAACUACGGAAAGAAAAAAAAAAAUGCUUGUAAAGACCAUAUGUACUGAGACAUGUUGUAUGCUGAUGAUUGUGUUUCAAAGUGCACAAAAUAAAAUCAUAAAUGUGGCUUUACGUGAAUAUGAAGGCAAACAUCUGAAUAAAAUGAGAAGGGACAAUCGAAAGUAUGUUUUGCAUUCCCUCUACUGUGUUCAUGAUAAUAAAGGUUUGAUUUUGAAUGACAAA